GUAAGAUAAUUAGAAAAAGAUGAUAAGAAACAGAAAGAAACAUAAGAAACAGAAAGUAAAAAGUUACAAGUACAUAACUAAAGUCUCAAUUGUAGCUUCAUAAAACAGUAAAAUUGUGUGUUAAAUGUCCUAACAGGAGUCCUUGUUGAAGAGUUGACCUAGAAUGUGAUUUUCAAAGCAGUUUUGGAAAGAAGAGAAACUUUUUUAUGAAAGAUAUGCUUAUUAUUCCAAAUAUAAAAUCUACGGGUAGCUAAAUUAUAUAAAUCAUAUUUAUCUACCAGUGACCAUGAAAGUAAUCCCAGUUUAUGAUAUUCCGGAAAAUAAAGAACGAUAAAAAAAAUAAAAAUAAAACCUCUCUUGACGUUACGGUCCGCCUCCAUAGGGGGCGCUAAAUCCCCGCAGGACAAACACCAACGAAGAAGAAGAAGGAAAAAUCCAAACUUCCAAACAUACCUUGGAGCCGAAGACCGAACCGAAAGGCGGACCGAGACUCUAUCAAAUGUUUGUCUGCGGGACGUUCUGUCGGUCUUCUGCUCUGCAGCUCCUCAGGCUGUUUUCCACCAAACCUUUACCUGUUCUGACUCUCUUCACCAAGGACCCUUGCCCUCUGUGUGAUGAAGCUAAAGAAGUGCUGGAGCCGUUCAAUCACAGGACAGACCAGUUUGAACGUCCCUGAAGAGGCCGCUGUGAGCUCAUGGACGCCCAGCAAGGAGCUCAGGGACUCUCUGGUGGACAUGUACAGAAGUAACCCCGGAGUGAACGAGGAGCUGAGGAGGCGUCUGCCUUCCCCUUCCCGACAGAAUCCCGUCAGCAGCGACAGAUCCGAGAACUUCCUGAACCCGGAACCUCAAGACUGGCCUGAAGCCCUCCCUGUGUCCUCCUCCUCCUCUCCUGCGCCUCCUCCAUCCUCCAGGCCUCCAGGUGAGAUGCAGGUGGACACGCCUCCCAGCAGGGGCUCCUCCCCUGAGGCAAGGAGCAGCAGAGACCCCGCCCACGACUCUGCCACACCUGCAGGACACGUGAGCCCUGCUCUGAGAGCACACCUGGACAGCCCUCCCCAGAGCCGUGCUGCAGCUCAUCCUCAAGACAAAAACCUCUCGCUCCUCCUGAAGGAGCUGGACGCUCUCCGAGAGCUCAACAACAAGCUUCAGGAGCAGCUGGUCCAGAAGGAGAAGGAGCUGCACAUGAAGGAGGUGGACGAGGAGCUGAAGGAGGAGCAGAGGGAGGCCCGGGGCUGGGAGCGUCCGGCAUCUCUGUUGGAGGAGGUGCUGGCGGCUCAGAAGGACCGGGAUCAGGCUCUGAUGUCACGACUCCUGCUGGCCAAUGAGGAGCGGGACGAGGCCCUGCUGCGCGUGCGGCGCCUCCAGCAGGCAGCUGAGUUAGAGAACGUCCCCCUGCAGGACACCAACACGGACUUGGACGAGCUGCUCCGGUCCGUCUGCGAGGCCGACUCCGUUCAGGAGGUCCAGCAGUUUGGUUCUGUUCUCGUCCAGCGUCUCCUGUCGGCCCGGCAACGGCGAAGUGACAUCACGGCUCAGGAGAUGAAGGCCGUGAUGGAGGAACGAGACAAAUCUGUGGUGAAGUGUAAACGUCUGGAGGAGGAGCUACUUCAGCACAGAGAGCAGCAGGCCAGUCAGGAGGAGAUUCUGCGGCUGCAGCUGGAGAGAGACGCCGCCGUGGAGGAGAAACAUCGUCUGGAGGCGGAGAUCCAGGAGCUGCGAGCCAGCCACAGGUUUCAGGAUCACGGCCGUCACUCUUCGCCCACUGAAGCUCCGCCCCUGCUGAUCCAGCUGCAGCAGCUGUCCAAAGAGAAGCAGAAUGUGGAGGCGGAGCUCCAACGUUGCCAAAAGGCGGAGCUAGAAGCCUGCGAGAGGGUCCGCAGGUUGGAGCGACUGGUGGAGGUGUUGAGAAGAAAGGUGGGAACAGGAAGUCUGCGAGCCGUCACCUGACCUCACCUGACCUUCACGGGAUCAUGAAAAACUGUCAGAGUGAGAGGGCGCUCACCUGUGCUAACCUGACCUGAAUUUACCUGUUGUGUUAACUGACCUCACCUGAAGUGCCGACUGUUUGUGUCUUUAUAAAUGUGGAAUAAAGUGAUCAGAUCCGG